AAGAUGGUCAUGUCUGAAAUCAUCAUUAUUGAGAAUCAUGAACAUACAUCACGUUUUCCUUAUUUUUGUUCUACUAUUUAUUAAAAAUGUAGCAAGUUACAAUUUUCUUGUAAUAUCUCCGGUUUAUGGAUUUAGCCAUAUGAAAAGUAUGGCAAUUAUUGCAAAUCAGUUAGCUGAUGCUGGGCAUCAAGUUACGUAUUUUCAACCAUUUGUAGUGGAGCUUUUCAAAGAUCAUGAUCUCAUUAAGAAUCCGAAUAUUGAAAUUAUGAACUAUUUCCACGAUGAAGAAGGAAAGAAGAAUAUUCCAGGUCAUUCAGUAUUAAGUGAUGCAUGGACAUCUUACAAAUACCAAUCGGAUGUUGGACAAAAAAUUUUUGCGCCAAGAAUUCUUCAUCAGUCAUUUCAAGAAAUGUGCAGACACAUGUUCGAAGAUGAAGCACUUCAUCGCCAGUUGAAAGACAAAAAAUUUGAUGUAGUUCUAUCCGAAACAUUCGAUUUCUGCGGACUGUAUCUGGCAGAUUAUCUGGAAAUGCCUGCAAUCAUAUCAGUUUUCACUGGAAAUCGAUUAAAUGCAAUUACCAAUGCACUAGGAGAACCGUCAUUCUUGCACUAUUUACCAUCUCCCUCUUCGUCAUUCAAUGCAAAUAUGUCACUUUAUGAUAGAUUCAACAAUUUUUGGCACAAAAUACUCUCAUCCUCAACAUUUGGGGAACUCUUCGAUCGACAGUACGCUGAUGUGUACCGUCUAACAAAUGGAAAAGCAAGACAUUGGAAACAAAUUCUCAACGAUGUCACUUAUCACUUUUCCAACUCUAAUCCAUAUCUCGAUUUUGUUAUUCCAACUAUCGCAAAAGUAAUUCCGAUUGGUGGCUACACAAUGGACUACAAACAAGUUCCGCCUGUAUCAAAAGAUCUUGAUACCAUUCUCAAUUUGAGAUCUUCAACAGUAUUCAUUUCCUAUGGAACAAUGAUUUCUGCAAAAUAUAUGCCAGAUGAAUACAAGCAAUCGAUGAUUGAUUUUUUCAAGGAUAACAAGAAUGUAACCUUUUUAUGGAAAUAUGAAGAACCAGAAGAGAAAUUUAUAAAAGAAAAUAUUCCGGAUAAUGUCCAUCUUUCCACUUGGUUUCCUCAACAGUCUCUCCUAGCUGAUAAAAGAGUAAAACUAUUUAUAACACACGGAGGACUGGGAAGUACAAUGGAACUAGCAUACUCUGCGAAACCAGCAAUCGUGACUCCACUUUUUGCGGACCAACCCAGCAAUGCACAAAUGCUUGAAAGGCAUGGGAGUGUUGAAGUACUUUCUAAGCAUGAUAUUCCAAAUUGGAAAAAACAGAGCGAUCUACUAAAAACAAUGUUGGCUGAUAAAAAAUAUCAAGAAGCAGCAACUCGUUUAGCUGAUAUACUAAACAAUCAACCAAUAAGCCCUCGAGAAUUAAUGUUAAAGCAUGCUGAAAAUGCAGCACGUUUUGGUAAAAUUCCAUCAUUGACGCCUUUUGCAAAAGAUAUGGGAUUCAUCGAAUUCUACAAUAUUGACUUGAUUAUCUACUCUGUUUCGUUCACUCUUUUCGCAAUUUACGUAACAAUCGAAAUAUUUGGAAUUGUUAAAAAUUGCUGCAAAACUCGAAAACUGAAAAAUGAAUAAAUGUGAUGUUUCUGCCGGAUCGAAUAUUUGUUUUAUA